AUGGGGUUCUUGCAUAUUAGUAUCACCUUUCUUUCCAUCUUGUCAUUGAUGAUUAUGAGCCAGCAUCCAGCAGCAGCCGAUCAUGUGAGUACGAGUAGUAGUAGUAGUCCUGAAACAUAUUGGAAAUCUGUGUUGCCAAAUACUCCCAUCCCGAAAGCUAUCUCCGAACUUCUCAAUAUUUAUACACUAGUACCUGGAAACAACCGUGCUGAGGAAACUCACCCAAUUAGUGUCAACGGAGUCGAUGAACAUAUCAUAGGGUCUACUACUACUCGUGCUGAUAAAAGUUCCGGCACCUCCAGUACUAGUGAUGGCGAGCAUGCUGACGAUACGAAGCCGAUUUACCAAUCAACAGGGGCACUUCUUAUUCUCGAAAAAGACAUGUAUCAAGGCCACACAAUGAACUUACGAUUCACCAAAACAUCAAUCAGUCGUUCAUCACCAUCAACUUUUUUGCCCCGAGAAGUGGCUAACACAAUACCCUUUUCGUCAAACAACCUUCCCGAGUUGUACACACGUUUCUCCAUCAAGCCUGGGUCUAAAGAAUCCGAAUCAAUGAAGAAAACUAUCGGUUUAUGUGAAGAUGAGGCAUUGAAAGGCGAGGAGAAGUAUUGUGCUACUUGCUUAGAGGACAUGGUGGAUUUCACCACAUCUAAGUUAGGUAAAAAGGUUAAAGCUAUCUCCACAGAGGUAAUUCACGCUAACAAAUUCCAAAAAUACACCAUAGACAACUCAAGGAAGGUGGCAACAGCUAAAUUUGUGAAUUGUCACAAACGAAGCUACCCGUAUGCAGUCUUCUAUUGUCACAAAGUCGUAUCUACGAGAGCGUAUUUGGUGUCUUUGUCCGGUGAAGAUGGUUCAAAAGCUAAAGCAGUUGCAAUAUGUCAUGAUAAUGGCGCAAAAUUGUAUCCUAAAGAUUUGGUGUUUAAGGUUCUGAAAGUGAAACCAGGGACGGCUCCAAUUUGUCAUUUCCUACCCGAAGACCAUGUUGUCUUUGUCCCUUACUAA